GUAACGUACCAAAUACGUACGAAAAAACAAACAAAUAUCACCCAAAGUUUUCAACAUAAUGCGACACUUCGUUUAGCCGAGCUUUAUUUUGAAAGUUGUCACCGGAACUCGGUCCGCCGCACGCGCUCAACUUGCUCAGUGGUCUCGCGCUCCUGCUGCUGCUGCUGCUGCUCUGUCUUCAGUGUCUUCAGUGAGCGUGAGUGUGUCCACCUGUCCUUCCAGCUCCGUCCACACCACCAGGUGCACCCAGACAAGACUAUGAAUACACGUUCAGCUCUUCAGGAAGCCAAACCUCCACUACAACUUCUCCUCUAACUCCAAGAUCCACCAUCCCAUCAUCAGACACCAUGGAGCCAAACUGCCACAGUGUGAGGAAGAAGAAGAAGAGUUCCUGGACCAGUUCACCUCACUCCCCUUCUAUCUAGACGCUGCUCUUUCUCGACGUCUGUCACCUCAUGGCUGGGAUUCGGCAUCCGUCUGCAAACGCCGCGACACACGUUUGAGGAAACCACCGUCCGGCUGACGGAGCUAAUUUAGAACGGACAAAACACAAGUGACCUCGUCGUAAUCAUGGGGAAAGAGCAGGAUCUGCUGGUGGCAGUGAAGACGGGGGAUCUUCUGCUCGCUCACAAGCUUCUCUCCAGAGUCAAGUGCAACAAAACCAAGUUACUCGGCUCCACCAAGAGGCUCAACAUCAACUACCAAGACUCAGACGGCUUCUCAGCGCUGCAUCACGCCGCUCUGACAGGAACCACUGAGCUGCUGUCUCUGCUGCUGGACGCCCAGGCCACGGUGGACAUCAAGGACAUCAACGGCAUGCGUCCUCUCCACUACGCGGCAUGGCAGGGUAAAGCCGACUCUGUCUCGCUGCUGCUCAGAGCCAGCGCUUCAGUCAACUCGUCCUCCCUUGACGGACAGAUACCGUUACAUCUCUCUGCUCAGUAUGGACACUAUGAGGUGUCUGAGAUGUUGCUGCAGCAUCAGUCCAAUCCCUGCCUCAGGAACAAGGCCAAGAAGACGCCUCUGGAUGUGGCCUGUGAGUUCGGGAGGUUAAAGGUGGCGCAGUUGCUGCUGAGCAGUAACAUGGUGACGGCGCUGUUGGAGGGUGACGGUGGACAUGACGGCGUGGACUCUCCGUCCACCACGCCGCUGCACCUGGCAGCCAGGAACGGACACAAAGACAUCAUCAUGUUGCUGCUCAAAGCCGGCAUCGACAUCAACAGAGCCACCAAGGCGGGGACGUCUCUGCAUGAAGCCGCUCUCUAUGGGAAAACCGAAGUGGUGCGGCUGCUGCUUGAUGCGGGCAUCAACGUGAACAUGCGCAACACCUACAACCAGACGGCUCUGGAUAUUGUGAACCAGUUCACCACUUCAUCAGCCAGCAGGGAAAUCAAACAGCUGCUCCGAGAGGCAUCAAGUUCACUGCAGGUCAGAGCGGUGAAGGAUUACUGGAACCUCCACGACCCCACCGCCCUUAACCUCCGGGCAGGAGACCUCAUUAUGGUGCGUGUCUUUGUCUGA